AUGCCGCUUUACGAGCUUGCAAGAGCAGCUGGAUGUGUAGGCCUGCCAUUUAUCGGGGGCAUUUUAGGGAGACCAAUUACGAAAAAUAAUAUGGAAUGGUACAAGAGUCUAAAUAAGCCUUUUCUCUCACCACCGUCCUGGGUUUUUGCUCCCGCUUGGUCAUUACUUUAUGGUUCUAUGGGACUUGCUUCCUUAUAUGUCUUACAAGCGACUGAUAAGGGUGCUGACGUCACCCUUCCUCUUUGCGUUUAUGGUUCACAGCUGCUUCUUAACUGGUCAUGGACUCCCAUUUAUUUCGGUUUAAAAAAUUUUAAAGCAUCAAUUGUGGUUAUCCUUGCAACCACCUUUGGUGCCUGUGCUUCUGCCUAUCUCUUCUAUCCAAUCGAUCAUAGAGCCAGCUAUUUGAUGCUUCCUUACAUCGCUUGGUUGUGCUUUGCUUCUUAUCUAAAUAUCUCCUCUGCAGUUCUCAACAGGGAUAAAAAGCCCAUCAGUAAUGUUGAUACGCAGGCCAAACAGGAAUAA